UCCUCUUUUCCUGAGGGUCUUCUUGAUCUUCAAAACCAGUUUUCAAUUUGCCCGUUAUGGAGGAAUAAAUUCCCCCCUUUUGAAUCACCUUCACCUUAUCUAAGUAAGAAGAGCCUAAGAAGAAAAACAUGGCAGCCACUAACUCACAACAGCAGUUCCAUGGCGAACUUUCCCACGCAGAGACCCAAACAACCACAAGCAAUAUCGCUCCCAAAAGAGGGGGUUGGAUUACCUUCCCCUUCAUCAUAGUUGGAGUACUGGGUCAGACUUUGGCAUCUGGGGGGUGGUUAUCAAACCUGAUCGUCUAUCUGAUCGAAGAGUUCAACGUGAAGAGAGUCGACGCUGUCCAGAUCUCCAAUAUCGUCAACGGUUGCACCAGUCUCUUCCCCAUCGCCGGUGCCAUCCUCGCCGACUCCUUAUUUGGCUGCUUCUCCGUCAUCUCCGCCUCUUCUCUUGUCUCUAUUUUGGGUAUAAUUCUGUUAACUUUAACGGCAACGAUACACUCUCUAAGGCCUUCACAGGAAGAAACCCCUUCAAGGCUUCAAAUAGGGAUUCUAUACAGUGCCUUAACGCUGGGGUCAAUAGGGCUUGGGGGCACGCGCUACACCAUGGCAACCAUAGGUGCGGAUCAGUUGGACAAGCAAAAAGAACAGGGGGUGUUCUUCAACUGGUUUUUCUUUACUCUAUACUUCGCUACAGUCAUCAGCGGCACGGCCAUCGUGUACGUAGAGGAUAACGUUGGAUGGGGUUGGGGGUUUGGAUUAUCCACCACCAUUAAUGCCAUCGGCUUAGCUGUUUUCUUGGUGGGAAAACGGUACUAUCAGAGUGUGAAGCCAAAAGGGAGCCCUUUCAUAAGCUUGGCUAGGGUUGUGGUUGCAACCAUUCGGAAGUGGAAGUUGGUAGUAAUGGUGUCUUCGCAAACCCAACAAAUCCAGGAUGAUUCUUAUUACUAUGGCAAAACUGAGGCUGGAAAGUUGCCCUCUUCAGCGCCUUCUUCAGCUCCCACUCUAAGCUUCAGAUUCCUGAACCGUGCAGCAAUAAAAACCGAAGGUGACACCCGACCGGACGGCUCGAUCGCAAAGCCAUGGAGGCUAUGCACGGUGGAGCAAGUCGAAGACCUCAAAACCCUACUCCGACUAUUCCCACUCUGGUCCACCGGUAUCUUCUUGAGCACCCCAAUCGGAGUCCAGAUCAGCCUCACGGUCCUCCAAGCCCUCACCAUGGACCGCCACCUUGGGCCCCACUUUCAAAUCCCUGCUGGUUCCUUCCUCGUCUUCGCUCUCCUAUCCACAGCCAUCUCCAUCUCCGUCAUCGACCGUUUCCUCCCUGCCACGUGGUACAGACUCACUGGUCACUCAUUGACCCCACUUCAACGAGUAGGGAUCGGCCACGUCCUCAACAUCAUGGCCAUGGCAGGUUCUGCUCUUGUAGAGUCGAGGCGGCUCCACUUCGUCCGGUCCCACCAACUCGAGGGCCAGACCGGACCAACCGUCCUCCCAAUACCAGCAUUAUGGUUGGCAUUGCCGCUGGUGAUCGUAGGCACUGGCGAAGCCUUACACUUCCCAGGACAGGUGUCUUUAUACUAUCAAGAAUUUCCGGUGUCGCUGCGGAGCACAGCGACCGCUAUGAUCUCGCUGCAUAUCGGUAUUGGCUUCUAUCUGAGCACGGCGAUGAUUGAUUUGGUACGGAGAGUCACCGGUUGGUUGCCGGAUAAUAUAAACCAAGGGAGGAUGGAUAACGUGUACUGGAUGUUGGUGGUGAUAGGAGUGGCCAACUUCGGCUAUUACCUAACGUGUGCCAGGUUGUACAAGUACAAAAAUAUGGCGAGUGGGACACCACCAGUUCUAGGUUAGAGUCGUCCAAGGACCAAAAGGUCCAAGACCACGACUGAUGGAGUGGACGGUCCAGAUGCAUUAGUAUUAGAGGUCGAUAGUGGUGGUGGUGUGUCUUCUUUUGAUAUUUUUCUUUCUAUAGUGAGAACUGAGAUUUGUUGACUAGUGACUGUAAUUAUCUUA